AUGAAAGACCUCUUAUCCAAGAAGAAAAAGCUCACUAAUAUUGAAACUAUUACGCUCACAGAAGGCUAUAGUGUUGUUUUGACGAGCAAGUUGCCCCCUAAAUUGAAUGAUCCUUGGAGCUUUACCAUCAUAUGUUCAAUUAGCAAUCAUUAUUUGGGUAAGGAUUUAUGCGACUUUGGAGCUAGCAUUAACCUAAUGCCACUACCUACUUUCAGAAAGUUGGGAAUUGGUCACAUGAAAUCUACUGCAGUGACAUUACAACUGGCUGAUGGAUCCUUGGCUCAACUUGAAGGGAAAAUAAAAGACGUCUUAGUUCAUGUGGAUAAAUUUGUUUUUUCAGCUGAUUUUAUCAUAAUUGAUCGCGAGUCAAACAAGGAGGCUCCCAUAAUCUUGGAACUACCAUUUUUAGCCACUGGCCAAACUCUAAUUGAUGUAUAUCAAGGUGAACUAACCAUGCGACUUAAUGAUGAGCAAGUCACCUUCAGUGUUUUUGAAUCUGUUCAAUGCAAUAACAAAGAAGAAUGUCAUACUGUUGAUGUGCUAGAUGAUCUAAUUGAGGAAGAAUUCAAUGGCCAAAGCACGACACUCUUUGAAGAGUUUGCAGUGACAUCUGAUGUUGAAUUCUUAGCCGAUUGUGACAGCAUGGUUGAAGCUCAUAAUGUUCAACUUAAGCAUGGAUGGCAGAUUGAAUCCUAA